AUGCUAUCCUCAGUAACCUCAGCUGCAGCUUGCCGACAUCUCAUCAUGGCUCCUUUUAAGUUUUGUCCCAACCUCAAUUUUAUGUUUCUUGAAAGCCCCAGCAUUCUAGAGCGUUACAGUUUGGCCAAAAAGGCUGGUUUUCAAGCAGUAGAAGUUGGCUUUCCAUAUGUCCAUUCAAUUGAAGAGUUAGUAAAGGCAAAGGAGGAUAAUGGUUUAAAGCAAGUUCUCAUCAAUGUUUAUGUUGGUGAUGUAACUAAAGGUGAAUUGGGUUUUGCUGCUAUACCUGGCCAAGAAGAUGCUUUCCAAGCUAGCGUCCUUAAAGCUGUUAACUAUGCUAAAGCUCUGGACUGCAAGCUAAUACAUGUGAUGUCUGGACUAGUAAAGAAUCCCACUCCUGCUAACCAAGAGACCUAUGAGAAGAAUAUUCGAUGGGCAACUAAAGUAUUUGAAAAGGAGAAAAUAGUUGGUUUAAUAGAACCUAUCAAUCAACGUUCUGUACCAGACUACUUCAUGUCUAGCUAUAUCACUGCUGUAGACCUUGUUAAGAAGGUUAAUAGUCCUAACUUGAAGAUUAUGCUUGAUGUUUUCCAUCUGCAGCAACUGCAUGGAAACCUUGUCUCAAAUAUUGAGGGUCUUGCCUCUCAAGGCCUAAUAGGCCACGUGCAAAUUGCUCAGGUUCCUUUGCGUGGGGAGCCAAAUACUCCUGGUGAAAUCAACUAUGCCUACUUGUUUUCGAUUUUAGAAAAGAUCAAGUAUGAUGGGUGGGUGGGUUUAGAGUAUAAACCUUCAAAUGGAACUGUGAAUGGCUUGACUUGGAUAGAAGCUAUGGGAUUUAAAUUGUAAGAAAUGGACAUGUCAAGUCUCUUAAUAUGUAAAAUGUAAAAAUAAAGAUUAAACCUUUAUUUUUUUUAGCGUA